AUGCUCUUGAUACAUCAGACAGGCUCUGUCAAAGUUGGUGAGGUUGUGAGAUAUACCUUGACAUAUACACCCAGCAUCGAUCGCAUCCUCCCGCCUCCUUCCCAUCUCUAUGUCAAGAUCAAAAACACUGCGGCCAUCCCGCUGAGAGCCGCUUACCUCCAUGGUCCUUACACCCUCUAUGUUGCCUGCUACCCUUUCACGUUCAAUCCUUACCAGAAGCAUGAAAGAGUGAAGGAAGAAGGCGCCCCGGAGUUCGAGCCUCAACUGAAAGCCGGAGGUUCCUGGUCUGCAAAACUGACGGUUCCGGAGGAAGUACGCGCGGAUGCCCACCACACUAACACGAGGGCACAUGACCCUGGAAGCAGUGAGCGGAAGUCUUUUACCUGGGUCAUCGAGAUCGCAUCUCAAGUCCUUUUCUCCACUAGUGCUGCUGUGCACUACGAGCUACUCGUCGGCCGAGAUGAGAAAUCGGUGGACUUGGGCUUCCACGGAGUAAUCGGCUCGGGUCACGGAGCGCCGGCCAGGUUGGAAGAUCAUCAACACAGCCGCGCGAAGGCUACAGGUCAACCAAGAGGCGUAUUCUCCAAGGCGAUUCGACUGUUCAUCGACGAUACAGAGUCUCUGUGGAAUACUCCAGCGUUUCCAGAAUGGGAGGAACAUGGCCAUGUCAAGGUACAAGAAGGGCCUCGACACGGAGACAAGAGAGACGCUGAGGAGAAAGACCACAAGGAACAGCGCAAACAGAGAAAGAUACAUCUCGUUCUUCUCACUCAUGGCCUCCACAGCAACUUGGGAGCUGAUAUGUUGUAUUUGAAAGAAAGCAUCGACACAACGGCCAAAGAGGCACGAGAGGCCUCCAAGAAGAGGAGGGCUGAGAUACGUAUGCGACGGAUGGCAGAAUCCAACCAGUUCGGUCGGGAUGCCAUCGAUCAAAGGACCAGAUCAACACCCGAGGUAUCCGUCACAAGGUCCGACCAUGACGACACAGAUGAUGACGAAGAGCAAGUCAUCGUGCGAGGGUUUAAUGGCAACGCGGUCAAGACAGAACGUGGCAUCCAAUAUCUGGGGAAACGCUUCGCUAAGUACGUGCUUUCCCUCACAUAUCCAGAUCAACCAUACCUGCCAGUCAAGAGUUCAAUAUCCAAGACAAUUACCAAGACCUUAACAGGAUCCAAAUCCUCUUCUUCGGAUGGAACUCAGCCAAUACAUAAACACAGCAGCAUUGUCAAAGAUGAACACCACAAAGAGCACAAUCUGCCGUACAGAAUUACCAGUAUCUCCUUCAUCAGCCACUCUCUUGGUGGGUUAAUUCAGACAUAUGCUAUUGCCUACAUCCAGAAGCAUUCUCCUGAGUUUUUUGAUAUAAUCAAACCCGUCAACUUUGUGGCCUUGGCUUCUCCCUUUCUUGGUCUCAGCAACGAAAAUCCAAUGUAUGUCAAAUUUGCUUUGGAUUUUGGGCUUGUUGGAAGAACUGGUCAGGAUCUUGGAUUGACAUGGCGUGCACCGACGAUUGCAAAGAGUGGAUGGGGAGCCGUCAUCAGCGGCCUCACCAACGAGUCACAAAAGGCUGAGAAGGAACCUGACCCAGGUGCAAAGCCUCUUCUCCGAAUUCUCCCUACGGGUCCGGCACACGUUGCUCUCAAGAAGUUCCGCAAUCGCACAGUGUAUUCUAACGUCGUGAAUGAUGGAAUCGUUCCAUUGCGGACAUCAUGUCUGCUAUUUCUCGAUUGGAGAGGGCUCGGACGUGUGGACAAGGCACGCAGAGAGAAUGGUCUUGUUGGUACUAUGGUCGGCUGGGGCUGGGCCGAGAUGACGGGCCAAAAUGCGAGUGCUUCAAGAAAGGCACUCACUUGGAACGACCUAUUCGGCGACAGUGGUGACGAAAGCAAUCGAUCAGGCAAAAACUCACCAGAUCCCGAGUCAGCUGUUCCGCAAGCAGAUGCAAGUCAGGCUUUCGAUUUCGAUCAACAGGCUGAACCUGACGAGACCCAGUUCCUAGACAAGCCUUCAUCACCCGUUGGGGAAGCUGACGAUUCAUCAGUCACCUCAGGCGCCAAUCUGUGGUCUGGGCUAUUGAGUCUUUUCAAGCCACAAGCCGGCCAGCAGCCACCCAAAAGCCCACGAAAGACUCAGAAAAUUUAUCGCCGCGGCCAGACAAUGCAUCACAAUAACCACCACGAGUCCGAACCCGAGCAUUCUCGUGGCACUUCCCAAGACAGUGGUGUCAGUGAUGACCAAAGCGGUAGGUCAAGAGGUGUCGUUCGCGGCUCAUCGCUGUACACUAACAACUCCGAGAAUGAAGAUGUUCAAGCACCUCCGAGAACAACUUUUUUUGAAUCUGCUGGAGACCUUCUAAAUCCACCUCUACCGUCAGAGGAGUUUAUCCUCGACCCGAGCGCAAGACCCAGAACAAUCCAUCACGACCGUGUUUACCAUCCACAAGACAUUCCACCACCCCCAACCAAACGACAGCGAACACUGAUCAUGAGGCGAACAGCCUCACGAGAUGGCUCACAAUCAUCUGUUGUGCCUAAGAGCCCGACUGACUCCCAUCCAUCCGAAUCAAGCCAGUCAACACUCACCCCACAGCCAAGCGUAGGACCCAUGAAAAUCGAAGAGAAGAUAGCCAGAGCUUACCACAAGGAUCUUUCGUGGCGAAAGGUGCUCGUUCGCCUAGAACCAGACGCUCACAAUAACAUGAUCGUCCGUCGUAUGUUUGCUAAUGCAUACGGUUGGCCAGUCGUCAAGCACUUGUGUGACACCCAUUUUGCAUACACUGCUGCCGCACAAACUCGCGACGAUGAUGAAGCCCCCGUCGAGCGCGCCAAUGCAGCAGAGCAAGCGGUUUUACCGACUGGCGAGGAGGUUAGAGGCCAGACCGAGCCUCCCAAGGAAGAGUCUACAGACGGGAAGGCAGACGCCAAUGAGCUGGAGCGGUCGCACAGCACUACUGACGUGCCCGCAACAGCGGCCUUGCCAUCUACGGUUGAUGGCGUGCAUGAGGACCUGCAAAAGCUGCACGCGCACUGGAAGAUCCGAGAAGAGACCAAGCGACGUCCUGGCCGCACUGACUCCGAGAUCCGUGAGUCUCGUGAUGACAUCUCUGAGCUUGUCAGUAAGGUCAGCGCAUCAGGCGAGACUACCAGCACCUUCUCCAAACCCUCAAACGCAACCGACUACUCCAAUAUGAGUUCCAGUCGAGCCGCGUUAGCCAGGCUUGCUAGAAUGGACAGUGCUCGCUGGAGUGAUCGAUUCUUCGAGGGCAGUGACGAUGAGGAGUUUGAAGAGGAAGAUCCCUCACUCAUGGCAGAAAUUGAAAAAGCCAGAUCGCGUGGUGAGGCGGAUCGAUCCGACAGCAACAGCAGUGAUGUGACGGCCUUGAGUGCAAGAAUCGCAGAUGUUCUGACAGCUAGUCCUAGUUCUACAAAACUGGUUUCGGCCAAAACCGGCACGAGUGCUCAAAUCGACCCCCUCUUGGGUGGUCAGAACUCGAUGUCUCUUACCGCCGAGCCUGCUGAGUUGGAACCCACAUCUCAUUCUGCAGGGGAUAGUAGACCGAAGCCACUACAAAAGUCAGGAGAAGAUUUGAACCCUGGGUCGCUCAUUGCAUUUAGUGUGGGCACAGGCAGACUGGGGCUCGGGCUGGGUGAAAGUGUCGAUGAAAUGAUAACCAGCCAGGGCCACAGGAAAUCCCAGGGUGUUGCAGAGCAAGUUGCACUUGCGCAAGGAAAGGGCAAGGAGAGAGGGCAGGAUACGGAGCAUGCCCGUUCUUGA